CAGCCUGAUAAUUUCUUCAGUAUGUGGAAGCAGCAGCAGAGACAGACGGUGCACUGAGGCAACCUUUAAUUUAUUUGUGUUUCCCUUGAAAGGGCAGGAGUUUAACUACGAGACGGUGGAUUUGUAGUUCUGCUAGGCUGGCUUCCUAAAGAUGAGUCUCUUCUUGCAUGAUGACAAUAAUAAUUAAGGUGGACUUCAAUGCAGUGUCCUUGGUAGUUCUGGAUAAAAAUCCUAAACAGAAAAGUGACAAGAGACCGGGACGAACCAAAGCUUAUCUCCUUCCAGUCCGGAAGGAUGUGGUCUCAUGUUGUUGGCUUUUCCAUCUUCCCUCAUAUCGGGGGAUUUCUCGGCUGGUUCUUCAACCGCAAUUCAGUGCCUACUUGGUAUGAAAAUCUGAAGAAACCCUCUUGGUGCCCAUCCAACCAGAUGUUCCCCAUUGCUUGGACACUCUUGUACACAGGAAUUGGCUAUGGCUCAUUCCUGAUAUGGAAGGAUGUAGGUGGCUUCAACAGCAAUGCCAUCAUCCCACUAGGCCUCUUUGGGGCUCAGCUCGCUUUGAACUGGGCAUGGCCUCCCUUGUUCUUUGGCAUGCAUAAUCUCAGACUGGCUCUGCUGGACAUCCUGUGCCUGGAUGGCUUAGUGGUAGCUACCAUGUACUCUUGGUACCCCAUUAACAAGUUGGCAACAAUGCUGAUGGUGCCUUACCUGGCUUGGCUGGCCAUGGCUACUUGUCUCACCUACGUCAUCUGGAUGGAUAACCCUGGGAAGAAACCAAGAAAGAAAGAAUAAGAGAUGGAAGUUGUGCAAG